AUGGCUUGCGAGGACAUCACGGCUUGCGAGGACGGCACCGCUUGCGAGGUCUGCAUGGCUUGCGAGGACAGCACGGCUUACGAAGCAGCACAGCACAGCUUGGAAGGACAGCAGAGCUUGCGAGGACAGCUCAACUUGAGAGGACUGCUCAACUGGAGAGGACUGCUCAACUGGAGAGGACAGCUCAACUUGAGAGGACAGCUCAACUUGAGAGGACAGCUCAACUUGCGAGGACAGCUCGAGAGGACAGCUCAUCUUGAAAGGACAGAUCUACUUGAGAGGACAGCUCUACUUGAGAGGACAGCUCAACUUGAGAGGACAGCACAACUUGAGAGGACAGCACAGCUUCCGAGGACAGCAAAGCUUGCGAGGAAACACAGCUUGCGAGAACAGCAUGGCUUGCGAGGACAGCACAGCUUGCGAGGAUGGCUCAGCUUGCGAGGAAAGCACAGCUUGCGAGGACAGCACGGCUUGCGAGGACAGUUCAACUUGAGAGGACAGCUCAACUUGAGAGGACAGCUCAGCUUGAGAGGACAGCUCAACUUGAGCAGACAGCUCAACUUGAGUGGACAGCUCAACUUGAGAAGACAGCUCAACUUGAGGGGACAGCUCAACUUGAGAGGACAGCUCAACUUGAGAGGACAGCUCAACUUGAGAGGACAGCUCAACUUGAGAGGACAGCUCAACGUCACAGCUCAACUUGAGAGGACAGCUCAACUUGGGAGGACAGCUCAACUUGAGAGGACUGCUCAACUUGAGAGGACAGCUCAACUUGAGAGGGGAACUGAACUUGAGAGGGCAGCUCAACUUGAGACGACAGCACAGCUUGCGAGGACAGCACAGCUUGCGAGGACACCACAGCUUGCGAGGACAGCACAGCUUGCGAGGACAGCACAGCUUGCGAGGACAGCACAGCUUGCGAGGAGAGAACGGCUUGUGAGGACAGCACAGGUUGCGAGGACAGCACAGCUUGCGAGGACAGCACAGCUUGCGAGGACAGCACAGCUUGCGAGGACAGCACAGCUUGCGAGGACAGCACAGCUUGCAAAGACAGCACAGCUUGCGAGGAAAGCACAGGUUGCGAGGACCCCUCAGCUUGAGCGGACUGCUCAACUUGAGAGGAAAGCUCAACUUGAGAAGACAGCUGAACUUGAGAGAACAGCUCAACUUGAGAGGACAGCUCAACUUGAGAGGACUGCACAACUUGAGAAGACAGCACAAUUUGCGAGGACAGCAAAGCUUGCUAGGACAGCAAAGUUUGCGAGGACAGCACAGCUUGCGAGGACAGCACGGCUUCUGAGGACAGCACGGCUAGCGAGGACGGCACGACUUGCGAGGACAGCAGAGGUUGGGAGGACAGCUCAGCUUGCGAGGACAGCACGGCUUGUGAGGACAGCACAGCUUGUGAGGACAGCACAGCUUGUGAGGACAGCACUGCUUGUGAGGACAGCACAGCUUGCAGGGACAGCACAGAUUGCGAGGACAGCACAGCUUGCGAGGACAUUACAGCUUGUGAGGACAGCUCAACUUGAGAGGACAACUCAACAUGAGAGGACAGCUCGACUUGAGAGGACUGCACAACUUGAGAAGACAGCACACCUUGAGAAGACAGCAAAGCUUGCGAGAACAGCAAAGCUUGCGAGGACAGCAAAGCUUACGAGGACAGCAUGGCUUCUGACGACAGCACGGCUAGCGAGGACAGCACGGCUUGCGAGGACAACAGAGUUGAGAGGACAGCUCAACUUGAGAAGACAGCUUUACUUGAGAGGACAGCUCAACCUGAGAGGACAGCUCGAGAGGACAGCUCAACUUGUGAGGACAGCUCAUCUAGAGUGGACAGCUCUACUUGAGAAGAGAGCUCAACUUGAGAGGACAGCUCAACUUGAGAGGACAGCUCAACUUGAGAGGACAGCACAGCUUGUGAGGAUAGCACAGCUUGCGAGGACAGCACAGUUUGCGAGUACAGCACAGCUUGCGAGGACAGCACAGCUUGCGAGGACAGCACAGCUUGCGAGGACAGCACAGCUUGCGAGGACAGCACAGCUUGCGAGGACGGCACAGCUUGCGAGGACAGCACAGCUUGCGAGGACAGCUCUACUUGAGAGGACAGCCCAACUUGAGAGGACAGCUCAACUUAAGAAGACAGCUUUACCUGAGAGGACAGCUCAACCUGAGAGGACAGCUCAAUUUGAGAGGACAGCUCAACUUGAGAGGACAGCUCAAUUUGAGAGGACAGCUCAACUUGAGAGGACAGCUCAUCUAGAGAGGACAGCUCAACUUGAGAGGACAGCUCAACUUGAGAGGACAGCUCAACUUGAGAGGACAGCUCAACUUGCGAGGACAGCACAGCUUGUGAGGAUAGCUCUACUUGAGAGGACAGCUCAACUUGAGAAGACAGCUCAACUUAAGAAGGCAGCUUUACUUGAGAGGACAGCUCAACCUGAGAGGACAGCUCAAUUUGAGAGGACAGCUCAACUUGAGAGGACAGCUCAUCUAGAGAGGACAGCUCAACUUAAGAAGUCAUCUUUACUUGAGAGUACAGCUCAACUUGAGAGGACAGCACAGCUUGCGAGGACAGCACAGCUUGUGAGGACAGCUCUACUUGAGAGGACAGCUCAACUUGAGAGGACAGCUCAACUUGCGAGGACAGCUCUACUUGAGAGGACAGCUCAACUUGAGAGGACAGCUCAACUUAAGAAGACAGCUUUACUUGAGAGGACAGCUCAACCUGAGAGGACAGCUCAAUCUUGCGAGGACAGCAAAGCUCGCAAGGACAGCACAGCUUGCGAGGACAGCAUGGCUUGCGAGGACAGCACGGCUUGCGAGGACGGCACCGCUUGCGAGGUCUGCAUGGCUUGCGAGGACAGCACGGCUUGCGAAGCAGCACAGGUUGUGAGGACAGCCCAGCUUGCGAGGACAGCACAGCUUGCGAGGACUUCACAGUUUGCGAGGACAGUACAGCUAGCGCGGACAGCACAGCUUGGAAGGACAGCAGAGCUUGCGAGGACAGCUCAACUUGAGAGGACUGCUCAACUGGAGAGGACAGCUCAACUUGAGAGGACAGCACAACUUGAAAGGACAGCACAACUUGAGAGGACAGCUCAACUUGAGAGGACAGCUCAACAUGAGAGGACAGCUCAACUUGAGAGGACAGCUCAACUUGAGAGGACAGCUCAACUUGAGAGGACAGCACUACUUGAGAGGACAGCUCAACUUGCGAGGACAGCACAGCUUGCGAGGACAGCACAGCUUCCGAGGACAGCACAGGUUGCGAGGACAGCACAGCUUGCGAGGACAGCAAAGCUUGCGAGGACAGCACGGCUUCUGAGGACAGCACGGCUAGCGAGGACAGCACGGCUUGCGAGGACAACAGAGCUUAACUUGAGAGGACUGCUCAAGUUGAGAGGACAGCUCAACUUGAGAAGACAGCUUUACUUGAGAGGACAGCUCAAACUGAGAGGACAGCUCGAGAGGACAGCUCAACUUGUGAGGACAGCUCAUCUAGAGUGGACAGCUCAACUUGAGAAGAGAGCUCAUUUUGAGAGGACAGCUCAACUUGAGAGGUCAGCUCAACUUGAGAGGACAGCUCAACUUGAGAGGACAGCUCAAGUAGAGAGGACAGCUCAAGUUGAGAGGAUAGCUCAACUUGAGAGGACAGCUCAAUUUGAGAGGACAGCUCAACUUGAGAGGACAGCUCAUCUAGAGAGGACAGCUCAACUUGAGAGGACAGCUCAACUUGAGAGGACGGCUCAACUUGCGAGGACAGCACAGCUUGUGAGGACAGCUCUACUUGAGAGGACAGCUCAACUUGAGAAGACAGCUCAACUUAAGAAGGCAGCUUUACUUGAGAGGACAGCUCAACCUGAGAGGACAGCUCAAUUUGAGAGGACAGCUCAACUUGAGAGGACAGCACAUCUAGAGAGGACAGCUCAACUUAAGAAGACAUCUUUACUUGAGAGGACAGCUCAACUUGAGAGGACAGCACAGCUUGCGAGGACAGCACAGCUUGUGAGGACAGCUCUACUUGAGAGGACAGCUCAACUUGAGAGGACAGCUCAACUUGCGAGGACAGCUCUACUUGAGAGGACAGCUCAACUUGAGAGGACAGCUCAACUUAAGAAGACAGCUUUACUUGAGAGGAUAGCUCAACCUGAGAGGACAGCUCAAUUUGAGAGGACAGCUCAACUUGAGAGGACAGCACAACUUGAGAGGACAGCACAACUUGCGAGGACAGCACAACUUGCGAGGACAGCACAGCUUGCGAGGACAGCAAAGCUCGCAAGGACAGCACAGCUUGCGAGGACAGCAUGA